CUCAUAUGCUACUAUAAAUAUGUAACAAUAAAAUCGUAGAAUAGAAGCUCGUGUAUCUUGUGAUAUUGCCUUCACAUUAGUGUUGACACUCACAUAAAACAUACACAAUAUACAACAUGGUGUCAGAAUAACGGACUUAACGUUCACAUAAACUGAUUUCAACUGCAUUUCGUUCACGACGCGCGGGAUACUAAACAGUGACAAUGAAUAUGUCAGGAAUUACACCGCCCAGCAUGGACUGGGAGAGUUCAAAUCUACCUGAAGCAUGGGAAAAGUUCAAGCGUCACACCGAACUUGUGUUCAAAGGACCAUUAAAGGACAAAAAAGAAGAAGAAAGAAUCGCAUACGUUCUUCUAUGGAUUGGCGACAAAGGACGAGACGUAUAUCAAACUUGGCAGCUCUCCGACGAGGAAAACAAAAGUCUAGAGGCACACUACAAGAGAUUUCAAACGUACGUGCAGCCGAAACUCAACUCUGUCUUCGCCAGAUUUCGUUUUUACAAUGAAGUCCAAGGGGCAGACUCAAUCGACAAGUUCAUCACCCGACUCCGCCUUAGAGCGCAAGAUUGUAAAUUUAAAGACAAUGGCAUUCAAGACGAGAUGAUCCGGGACAGACUAGUGAUCGGUACCAACAACACACGAAUUCGUGAAAAACUGAUCAACGAGGGUGACAAAUUGACUCUCGAUAAGGCAAUUCAGAUUGCUCAAAGUUUCGAAUACUGCCAACAUCAAAUGGCAUCAAUGAACAUUGUUUCCAAUCAAACCGGUGCAACGUCAAUGACGGCAACUCCAGUGGACGCUAUCGCCUCCAAGCGGAAAUCAGGACCGAAACGACGCCAGGCAACGCAUAAGCAGUACCCACAACAACAACAACAGCAACAACGUGGACAGCAACCCUGUGACAACUGCGGCAACAACCAUGGGCCAAACAAACAAUCCUGUCCUGCCUUCGGAAAGCAGUGCAGAAAGUGCCACAAACUCAACCAUUUUGCCUUUAAGUGUAGACAACAACGGAGUGCGCACAAGUCAGUGCAUGACAUUGACAAUAGUGUUAUGGAAGGUGCCUGUGGACACAGUGACAGUGGUUCCGGCGACACCUUAGAGUACUUCGUUGACGUGAAAAUCUUCAGCAACAAACUAGAAGUGGGCUUGGAUUCAUUAUGAAAUGUAGAUAAACAUGUACAUGUGCAGCUGAUAAUAAGUUCAUCUAUCAGUAUCUAUAUCUAUCUAUCUAUAUAAAGGUCCCUGUAUUAGUGUGUGUUACUUGCAUAAAUUGAGAGUGUUUGCUUAACCUUAUAACAUUUUUGUUAACGAGAAAAUGAAAGUUAUUUGUGAAGUAUCAUGAAUGGACAAUAACGGCUUAAGCAUUUACCGUAUUGAGUGUGUUUAUAAAGUGUACAUAGGAUUUUUUUUAAAUAACUAACCUUGUAUAACCUAAAUAUUCAUAGAUGAUAAUUCGGUCUUUUCGAAACUAAGGGCGAACAAAAGUUGUUUCCCAUUCGGGGGAUGGAUCGUACGCAAGUAACUGGCGUGGCGUAAGUGAGAAAAAUAGUAACUGGUGUUCAAAAUGGCGGUUAACGGGUGAAUUGUGAAUGUUUUCGUCGGGGUUUUUGAAAGAAACCAUGAGUUUGACAUAAGGGCUCCGCACAAAGGAAAGAAGGGAACGAUAAGCAACCUCGGUGGAAUUCCGAAAGGCGUUCAGUCGAUUCGGGAGCACUUCAAAGUUAAUGAAUCAAAAAGACUACCUUCUUUAAGACUUGGGAUUUCAUCUAAUGAUUUAAACGAACUCUAAAUAAAUCAAAUAAUGCUCUUUUCAUAAUAGCUGAUUUAAAGUGACUUUGACAUUAAAAAGGGAUUCAUAUUGACAAUGUUGUUUUAAUUAUAAAUAAAUGAUUUUGUAUAAGCAAGGAAGGAAUAAGUAAUGCAACGGAUAUCAUUUCUUGCUAGCAGUAUUUGAACAUGACAUUUUUUAAAUACGAGUUGUUUACCCUUUUCUGAAAUGUCAACAUUUUAUAUAACCCUACUAAAUUUAUAAAUAAUUGACUUAAAGUGACUAAAAUAGUCAGAUAUGUGUUUGUUAAGGUACUGUCGAAUUAAAUAUAAUAAUAUUUAUGUUAAAACAUAUUUUUGUAAGUUGCUUACCUGCCAAGGGUUAACACAAGACUGCUAAGCAAUUGUUUGUAUAACAGAACAACUAUACGUAUUGCAUAAAAAGGCAACAUUUUUCAAUAUCGUUUUGUGCGGUUCAGAUUGGGUAUGAUUAAACUUCAGGAACAAUGCCGGUUGUAAACCAGUAGCAUACAUAUUUAUAUUUUAUUCUUAAUCUUAACUUGAAAAAAUGCGUAUCACGCUGAAACGAGUAAGAACCUGUAAUUGUUACACAUUACAAUUUCAGCCUCAUAAUAAUUUUAGUUGAUAAAAUGAAAACGUAUUAUUUUUUUUCUAAUUUAGAAAGUAAAUGAUCAACCCUGAAGAUUUAAACAAGUAAUACUGACUUAAUAUCAUUAUGAAAUAUGACCCCUCAUUUUUUCUCCAAACAACUUAUCUCCGCAAAUAGUAAAUGGAGAAUAACCCAAACUUGAUAUGUGUUUAUAGGUAACUUCACAAUUGUCCUUGGUUAAUUAACCAUGAUGCUGACAUCUGUUUUGUAUUUAUUUAUAAAAGCAUUUUCAGUGAUUGUGUUGUUUAAAUUCAACAUUAACCAUUUGGUAUUGUGCUAUUUUUUGUUAAGACUUGUCUAAGUAAAAAGGAGUACUUCUAUAUUUUAUUCCUUACAUUGUUAUAUCUAUGAAUACACUUUAGUCCCUUUAAACCAAUGUGGGAACAAUAUUUGUCUCCCGGAAAUCAUGGAAAAGCUUUUGUCAGAUAAUGUGCAUAAGAGACAAAUAACAAGAUUCAACGAGGCCGUGUUUUUUUAUUUAAAGUGUUCUCGGAAUGUUGAUCAGUAUGAGAUUAAAAGUAAAUAAUAUUUGUGUGACACGGUAAAAGUUGUAUUACCCGUUUUGUGACUUUCACGUUUGUGUUUUACAUGAAUGCAUGAAUCUGUAUAAUACAAUACACAUGAGCUGUUCCAUACAAAUAAGACAAAAUAAAAUGUACUAUACUUA